GGCAUACAAAACCUAAAAGCGGAAGAGACGUGAAACGCGACAUUUUUUCCUUACUACAUUGAAUUUUUAAAAAAAAUUUAGUUAUUGUUAAACCAGUCAUAAAUGAUUCAUAAUCACUAAGAAAUUUGAGUAAUUUCAUGACAUAGUAGUAAGUUUAUCUAUUUUCAUGUGUCCUUCUAGAUAUAAUGCUUUUCAAUCUUUUAUUUUAGUAUCUUACAUAAAUACUACUCAUACUGACUGUACCGACUCAACUGUCUUGUCCGUCAGCCGUCAGUCAGGAACAGUAACAGUUGAAUCGAACAUUUUUUAAAUAUUAAUUUGACCUAGGGUGAAUUUGGGAGAGAUAGUACCGCGGCUGCCAUCUUGGUUGUGGCGACCCGCGAAUUUAUGUCCUAAAUGUAUACCUAAACUUAUCCCUAACCUGGGUUUUGACCCUAUCGGAACUAAGGACAAGACAGGCAAAUGAUGUCAGGGUACUAUCUCCCCAAAUUAGCCAAAUUUUGAGUUAAUGGUAUUGGUUGCGCUAAGAGUUUUCUCACCCUAAGCGCAGUGAUGUCACAUUGGAGAAUCCCAACUCUGGACUUAGGGUGAAUAGAUCUGUUCUUUGAAGGACCCGAACGAUGUGUGUUCAGUGUUAUUGUAACUGUUAAAACAUUCCUGUUCUUUAUUGAGCAUUGCUGGCGUCAUAAAAAUGAUACAGUUAAUAAUAUGAAGUAAUAUUCAAAUGCAAUUUCCCAUUACUUUGUAUUAAAAUUCAACUUACACAUUUCAAAAGAAAGGAAAAGAGAAACACAUCCUUGCUGAUACCCCAAGACCGAACACCGGUGAAAAAAAAUGUGCCCGCCAAUAUUGCUGUAUUUUGAUUAGUUGAAAUCAAAAUACCCGUAUGUUGAACGUAGGUAACAAAAGGAAGACUACUACUUAAAUUGCAUUUGGAAUGAUAAUCUAGGACCUGGGGAGGGGAGACCCCUCCCCUCACUUUAAAUACCAAAAUAAGAAACAUAUAAAUUCUCUGGGGAAGGAGGGGAGACCCCCUCCCCAGUACCCCUCCCCAAUUUAAAAAGAAAUAUAAAAUCGGAAAACAGUAACUUGCACUAUGUAAAUACAAACAUCGAAAUCUUUUUAGUUUGGCACUGUAGACUGCGUUGUAGAUGGAAAUGGACCUGGGGAAAGCUCAGUGACCUAUGUACCAUGUAACACAUCGUCGGCCUUAUCGCUUACUCUAAACCAGCCUUAAUUUUUAAUAUUUGGAUGUUGCUGCCUUUUCAAUGCUGAAAUGACAAUUUUGUCAUAAAAUUGUUGUAUUCAUCCAUCAUACCUUUACUUUUACUUUACAGUGGACAACUUGACCUACAUAAUUUAUUGCCUUUUCAUACACACAAAAUUAGUUAGAAAUUCUUAGGUAUAUAAUAUAUGAUAAUCUACCACUUGAGCGUCGGCUACAAAAAAAAUCCAGUUGGAAGUAUUAUUUAAAGAAUUAUUAUUUCUCAUGAAUUACCACAGUGGAUGUGGGGUCACUAGGUUCUCAGUGGCGUAGGAAGAGAGAGUGAGUGCUGUUAAAUCAUCGAAGUGCCAGACUGACGUGUGAUCAUGUUACAAUAGUGUUUAGAAAUAUAAAUAUGUUCUUCCAGACUCAGUGAUUUUUAUCAGACCAGUGGACGGCUUAUGCCAAUAUAAACCAAAUCAGAAAUGGAAUAUACGAACACUUGAGUGUGAUGUAGCGACAGACCUGUUUACUCUUACGAUUUAGGUGUAUAAUGUACGAUUUUAAGAUUGUACGCCAAGACCUGUGAAAACUAGGAUUUUUGGAGACAAGGUUGAAAAUAUACACAUUUCGGUAGCUUUCCGAUUUAAAAAAAAAAGAUUAAUUAAAAUUAUUCUAAUAGUUUUAACUUGCAUUUGCAUUAAAAAAAAAUAAUUAAUUAAAUUCUAAUAGUUUUAAAUUGCAUUUGCAUUCUACAUCAAACAGUGAAUUGAUAAAUUAAUAUGAUUGGCUUGGGACAAUCUAUAAUUCUGUUACGGUUGCCCCGAGAGGAAUGGAGUGGUAUUGAUUUAAGAGAUUGUGUCGGGGGACACCUAAAUAUUUAAGUCUAAAAAUUAACAUCCUAACAUUUCAUAUUGAUAGCGGUGAUGGUCCUAUUGUUGAAAUGUGUUUCUAUAAUGAACUCGUUAGACAUGGCUACAAUAAUAUUUGCAUUGUGGCACUUAUGACAUUUUAAAUCAUUCAAUCUGAGGCCAUACUAACGUACUAAGGGGGUUGUCGAUUAAAUAGCUUUGUCUACGCGUGCAAAGGGAGAUGUGGGUCUCGGCAGAAGUACGUGCAUCAUUCAAAAAUUUAAUAAGCAUCCUGAAAGUCCAAAAUAGCAAUCUAUUUAUAUCUCGAAUGCUGUAAAAAUAUGAUGCAUUGUUUUGUAGGAACUAUUGUCAAAGUGUUGCAGUGUAGUUUUAAAAAUUUAGUCCACCAUAUGUCCAACGUGCUUGUGACAUAUAUUUUGUUGGGCUAUGCCAGAAACAGAGAUAACUAGAUGUAUUCAUCACUAUUCCGUGAUGCAACAUUAGAUUUGGACAUAUAUGAUCUGAAAGGGCCUUUGAAAUCUAUUUUUAGAACGCACUUAACAGUUAUACAAUUUUUUUUUUAUCCCCCUCUUCCUGUCACCCAUUUACAGUUUUUGGUAGUUAUCAGACUUGAAUAUGUUAACGGGAAAUAUGCCUACGGGAUAUUGAUGCUUCCUCUUCCUUUUUUAUUUUUUUAAUUUGCUUUUCCUAAAAAAUAAACUUCAAGUUACAUGGUAGUUUGGGUUUUUUUAAGCGCCCUAAUUUAAUUAAUUCUUAUUUCAAUAAAUUUUAAUUUAUGCUUAUCUGACUUCUGAUCUGCACAUACACCUAAAUAUUAAUUGAUAUCUAUAGCCUAUAGUAGAUACAUGUCUGCAAAACAACCUCAAUCCUAUUAGACACUGCGAUGUGAGUAGUUAUUGUAUACAUUACAUAUACCAGUACUGCAUGUUUAUUUAUUUACUAUUAAGAUUCUUAAUUGUAUGAUUUUGAGAUGAUGUAAGGUCUGUAGCAACAAAAAUUUUUUGAUCCACUUUGUUAAAUUAUAAUUUUUUUUUUAAAUGUUGGAAAUGUUUUAGUGUUUCUGUAAGAAAAAAAAAAAAAGCCUUAGUUUAUGUGUAUUAUAUAUGUUCUGAAAUGAAUACGGAGCCUACAAUGUCAUUAAAACACAUAAUUUUUUACCUAUCACACUUACUGGAUUUUUUCGUAGCCGGCGCCCAAGUGGUAGAUCAUAAUUUUGUAGAGAUACAAAAUUAUGAUUGAAAUCCAAAAUAUAUCACAACAUAUACUGUUUCCUACAAAUAAUACAAAGGGUGUAACAAAAGACUUUGAAGUCUCAGCCUCAACAAGUUAAAAAAAAAAGUCUUAUUCAUUGGCUACAAAUUUUUAAAAGGUCUAGGAUAUAAAUGUCUAAUCAUCACAUCAAUGCUGAGUGGUUGAUGCUAUGGCCAUAGCCUCAUGUCAUGUAGGGCCAUGGAAUGUUCCACCAGAUUCUUCCAUUCGAAUCAAUCCAUGGCUUUCCGCCUCCAUGCGUGGACCCCCAGCUGGUGUAAGUCAUUCUCUACAUCGUAAACCUGUCUUACUGUCUUGGUAGACUGGUAAGCCAUCUGCCCCUAGGUUUCACUGAUGUCUUUGCUGGCUAAUGUGUCUGUUCUGUGUAAGCUCAGUACAUUCCAGCUCGCCAUGCGUAAAUUAUAGUCUUGUCCAGGCAUAUCUCAAAAAUAAAAAAUUAUCAGUUUUUUUCUUUUGUGAUUUAACUUUUGUAACAUUUUUUUUUUUAUGAUGGGGUCGUCAGCCCUGCGUACAACCUUUUGGGGGGAUGCCCCUUGCAGCUCUCAAGGUAACUGCCUUUGUAUUUGUCAGGUCCCUUGUCUUUGUGGAUCCCUCCACUUCCUACAAGGCAGCAGGUUCUGAUUUAGGUCCUCCUCUGGUAUUUUAUUUCAGCGGUACCCGCCAUAUUUGGUGGUGUUUCUCCUAUCUGCCACCGGGGGGGGGGGGGGGGGGGCGCACUCGAUGGAAGAUCAGUAUCUCUGCUGGAGUAUCUCUAAGCGCCUGAAUAUUAGCCAAUAUUUCAUGGGGGAAAAGAGGUCAAUUUUAUUUCAAUGAAAUGCAUAAUACUUAAUUCUUAACUUAAUAAAACUGACUUUAGGCCCAUAAUUAAUUGUCUUUACGUAGUCUCAUGCUUUAGGCUAAGACCCAGUAAGGGCCAGGCCUAUGGAUGUAAAGGGGUUGUGGUGUAAUGCUAUGAGUGUGGGCUUUUUCAAGAGUUGUCUUACCCUGCCUUAAGCGUAGUAAUGUCGCUUUGGGGAAUCCCAACACUCUGACUUAAGAAGGUACUUAUGGCUGAAAUGUUAAUUUAAGGGCUAAACUAAAAGUUUCCCAAAAGCACCAGGUUCAUAUAUCUAUCUUUUUAUAGAAGUGGAGUUAUGAUUUAUUUAAGAGUAAUAUAACCUUUGUGUAUUUAGCUUCAUGAAUUUGUGCACCAUUUAGCACACAAAUAUUUUAUUUUUUAAGAUAAUGGCAAUAUACACUCAUAUAUGAUAUAUUUAUAUUUAUUUUAAAUGUUUUGAAAUUUUUACCAAAUUGCCGACUGUCACCACUAUUGCUAUCACCACCUCUAUUGCCAUUUGGCAUAUACUGAACCAUCAGAUAGCUGAAAAUCAUCACUGGAAUCAGAUUCAAGUGAUUCAUGGUUAUUGUCUGAUGUUUCAGCAUCAAUAUUUGGCAAUAAAAGCUCUUUUGUUUGCAAACGUGCAAACUACAGGUUCUAGCAACAGCUGAUGUGCUUGAAGUAGGUGUGGCCAUUUUUUAGUUUACCACAGUUUCAACACAAAUCGAAAAAAAAGUGUCGCAAUUAUUGGAAAAACAAGUGUAAACAAACCCUAAUUUUAGCAGGAAGGAAGUAGGAAGAUCUUUCGUUCAUUUAGGAGCCUAAAAAGUAGGAUUGAUAGCCGUAAGCAGCAAAAUAAACUGCAGAAAUUAAAUCGACUGUGUAUCCUCGAUUGGCACAAAUGCUGCCAUUCAAAUCGAUGAUAUAACGUGGAAUGGCAUGGAAAGAGUUAAGCAUUCUUCAUGCGAUUAUAAACUAAAUCUGAUUAUGUAUAAAGUUUAUAUGGAAUGUAUUAAAAUGAAGUAUCUAUUUUGUUUCUAUGAAAUUCAACCUACCAGGUUCAAAAGAUAAAUGAAAAAAGAAACUCACCCUUGCUGUUAGUUAUGUCGAAACGACCAUAGUAAAAUAAAAUUCAUGUUUCAUAUUUAAUUUCUUUACUUACAAACAUAAAAUGUAAAACAUAUUUAUGUGCUCGCUUAUGCAGGAGAGGAAGUUUACGCUCAAAGUAAGUUAAGCAGUAGUCGGUUAAACAUAACAUAAAUCUGCUAUUUCUAUGAUUUAGCCGAAACUUUACAGAUAGCCUAAUAAUUAUUGUAAUUUACUUUUUUCCACAGCGCAUACCAUGGCCUUUUUUCAUGGAAAUAUGAAUUCCUUAUUUGGGGGGAAUCCAGGUUUCCCAAAUAAGCCAGUCAACCUUUCACACAUUCCUGGUAAUUUCAACAGUUCUUUUGAUGGGUUCAAUACUGGAUUUGAUGAUCCAUCUAGAAAUUUUGGCAUCAAUCCUGAUUUUCGCAAUGCAGAUAAUCGUCAUGCUGAUCUGAUUAAUCGCAUAGAACCACUACCACCAGGAGUUGAUAGCGGAUUCCAGGGACGAGAUCGUGGAAGAGAUAGAGAUAGAGAACAAAGAGACAUCAGAAGUCGUGAUGACAGAGAUCGUGGAAGGUCUGUUGAUUAUCAUCUCCCGUUGUAUUGUUAAUUUUGCAGAAAGAUUUAAGGAUUAUGAAGUAAAUUUAUUUUUUAAUGUACUUGAAAAUUUGCUAAAUGGUUAUGGUAAACUGCUACCGUUGAACUCCUGUUAUAUAAAAAAAAAGUCUUGUUGUUGUGCAGGGACAGGGAGAGGCGAAGGAGUGACAGAGACAAGAGCAGGAGUGAAUGGAGUCAAGAACGUGAUUCUGGUCGUUCAGGAAGACACAGGGAUAGAAGUGGUAACAGGGACAGAAGUCCAGUAAGUUGAAAAACUUUUAAAAGUAUGUUCGUCAUGGUUAAAAAUUGUCACAAUUUUAAAGAUCAGUUGUGUCAAGGUUUAAAUUAUGUGCAGUUUCUAUCAUAUUUCUGAAAUAAAUGUGUGCCUCAAUUUUAGGUUUCAGAAGAUGGUGACAGAAGCAACAGUGGCUCAUCAGAUAGAUUCCGAAACCGUGACUCAGACUCUCGAGGAGAGUCAUCUCGAUCAGCAGAAGAUAAAGGUGGUGAUAAAUGGGUUUGCAAUCAGCCCUCACGUACUAUCAUUCUACGAGGACUGCAUGUAGACAUUGAUGAAAAAAUUGUACGUACAUUUCCUUGUUUUUUAAGUUUUAACUUCUUUGGUUUUCAGAAAAUAGUAUCAAAUUUAAAAUGUUGUACGCACAUGGUCUUUGAAAAGUUUGAAUUCUAUGAUUUUCAGAUAGGAGCUGAGCUGAUGAUGCUUGGUUUGCCUGUUAAAGAUAUACGACUUAUACGCAGAUCAUCAGGUAAAUUAUUGUUUAGUAGAGAUAAUCAACUUGUUUUGUCAUUUUUUGUGUGUCUUUUUUCCCUUUUCUUACAACAUAUUACUUUAAACCAGCAGUCUGCUUUGCAAAUGUUUGAAUUUUUUUUAGAGCAAAUUACUUAAAAUGUUUUCUAAUUAUGGAAAGUUUUUUAAAAUAAUAAAUCAGAUAUUGUAGUUUUGAAAGAAUCAGUCUUAAUUGUUGAAGUAUGUUACAGGAUAUUGGCACUUCUGUAGCUCUUUAGUGUUUUUUUCAAAAACUUAAAAAUAAUGUCUAGUAGGCCUUUCUUUUUCCAUUGAAUCUGAAAAUAUGUUAUAAAGAUGACAAAUUUGAUUUAAAUAUGCAAAUCAAAUCUGAAAAAUUCUUGUAUUUAAAUCUUUGGAUGGAAUACACGAAGGUAAGUUUACUUGAAUGGUUUUGAUCGGUAAGUCAUCCUUCUCAGUUGGUUCCGCAAACAGUUGAAUUUUAUUGAAGUUUGAAUGUUUUAUUUAACAAGCUUCGUUUCAACCUUGCUUACACAGGUGUCUCUCGAGGCUUUGCUUUUGUGGAGUUUCAUAACGUAGCAGAUGCCCAGCGCUGGAUGGAACACACACAGGUUGAUAAACUAAAAAAAAACAAAAAACAAAGAAAUAAAGUGCUGUGGAUUGUAGGUGGUUGCUACAACCUCCACACUUAUUCUACAUUUUGGUUGGUCUGUUUAUCUUCUGGAUUUACCAAUAUUGAAAAAAAAAUCCUAGUGAAGUAGUUAUUUGAAAUGCUGACUUUUUGGCUGGUUUGGGUGGUGUGCAGGGCAACGUUGCUGUUGCUUUUUCAAAGUAGAUGUCAUUAAUGCAAUAUUUGCACUUGUCUUUUGUGUUAUUUUCUUUUAAAAUAACAUGAAAUGUGUACUGUUAUCAAAUCCUGACUACUCUAAUGACUUAUAAGCUGAGUGUGAGAAAUAUUAUGAACCAAAUGCAGAAGUUUCUUUUUAAAGUGUAGUUGAAAUUUUAAUUUUGAAAAAACACAUUUUUACCAUGAUUCUUAUUUUUAAGAUAUCUAGUGAAAAGGAUUAGUUUUAAACAUUUGCCAAAUUAUUACAAGUUAACUUUUUUUUUUCCCAUUGGAGCUCUUUGCAACUGAAGUAAAAUCAUGAGAUUUUAUUUUAGUGCUAUAAUUGGAGUUAUUUCAUGUGACACGCACUUGUCUGUUCGCCUCGCGGCGUGGCUUUUAUUGCAUUCUGUGAACACAUGUAAAGAAAUUAUGGGCUGGAUGGUGUUGUACUUAAAUAAGAAAAUAAAUAAGUGAAACAAUAUUUUGUGUUUUACAGGGCAACCUUGUGCUAUUAAACCAAUAUCGAGCUGUUAUGGCAUACAGUGUUACUCGUGACCGAGGUGGGGGCAGAGAUAGCAAUCUUCAAAGAAAUGAUUGGGUUUGCAUAAAGGUAAGGUUUUAAAUGCAAAUGGGCAUGUUUUUCUUCUUUUUUUUCCUCUUAACCAUGAAAUCAUAAUAGUAGAAUAACUUAAGCACUCAUAAAUUCUUUGAAGUGUUCUUUCUUUGAUAUCCUACAUUUGUGUAAAAAAAAAAAUUUGCCCCAUUUCAAUUCCAGUGUUUGAGUCACAAUUUCAAGCGCAGAGAUUUCUGUUAUAAUUGCAACCUUUCUCGCAAGGGUAAGUUGUAAAUGUUUUCAAAGGAAUUGACAGCAAGUGCGCAGCUGAGUAUUCUUUUUUCCAAAAUAUUAAUUGAAUGUUAACACUCCAAAUACAUGAGGUAGUACUUAAAAAAGACAAAUUGCAAAUGUUUUAAUAUUUGCUCUCAUUUAGUAAAUGAUACGAGUAUGCUUGUUACCAGCUGUGCAUUCUUUCUUAGCUUUUAGUCUCUAUGAGAAAAAGCAAUUCAUAACAUGACUUUGCAACCUUGAAUGAGAAUAGGAGGGAAACAAAUUACAGCACUUGACUGGCCCCUGCCCUCCUAUCAAAAUAUUCUGCGCUGUCUAAAUGUUUCAACACAAGGAAUCCUGGAACAGCUUAAUUAUUAUUUUAGAAAUCAACAUUAUUUUUUUUUUAAUUACAGAGUCUGAAAAAGGCAAGUCUUCUGAUGGGCAAGAUGAAAUUGGAACGAAUCCUUGCAAUAGUAAGUUAAUAUUUGAGAUUUUAAAAAGUUGCUUUAUAAAUUGUAAUUUGAUUAUUCUUUUAAAAUUAUUUCUGUAUUUUGCUAUCUUCUAAUUUUAGCAUUGAUAUUUCGUGGACUUGAUGCCCUGACAACAGAAGAGGCGCUGGUUACAGCUCUUACCCAAGCUUUUGCCCCAACUCCUUUAGCAACCAUAAAAAAUGUUGCAGUAAUAAGGGAUGACCUGGGAACUUCACGAGGAUUUGGGUUGAUAGAAUUUCCAUCUGUGUCUGCCUCAACAAUUGUAUUAGAUUCUCUAAAUAAAAUGGAUCCCCCGUUAGAAGUGGAUGGAAAGCAAUUACUAAUCAACUAUGCUAAAAACACAUACAACACAACGUGAGUAAAAAAUCUUCAGAAAUCAACUUCUGCCACUUAAGUUUGUAAACCUUUUCAAGUACGUGUUAUAUUAUUCAUAUAGUGAAGUCUUACUUAAUCACAAUAUUGUAGCAUGAAAUUUAACAAUAAAUUUCCUUAGUAGAAAUGGAAGGAAGAACGUUUUCAGGAAAAUUACAAUAUUUUUUGUCAUACAUUGGUUUUUUUAAAACUUCUAAAUACUUAUAGUCAGAAAGAAUCCUGAAACUACUUUUGAAUUAUUAUAACUAUCCUUUCAAAAUUUCCUCAGUAUGGCAUAUAUUCAACAACAGUCACAGACUCAGGUAAGUUGUGUUUUGCUCUUUACAUCCUUUUAAAAGUUCAAAUAUUUAACUAAUUUCUUUUAAAUUUUAGUUGCUUGAAUUACAGAAUUACUAUAAUAAAAUUAAAUUUGUAAUUUUUUCCCAGUACUACGACAGCAACUAUUACCAACAAAAUGGUCAGUACUAUGAUCCUGUAACACAUCAGUACUAUGAAUAUUCACAAUUGUAUGGUCAAGGGUCCUCUUCAUCAAGCAGUGGUUUAAGCGCAACUGCUAUUUCAAAGGGGGAAAGUGAGUCAUUUAUGUAAUUUUAAUAAUAGUUCAUUUAUAAUAAUUUAUGAUGAAUUAAAGAGUUAUCUAGCAUUGUUUAAAGGAUGUUAAAAAUCAUGGAACCUAUUCUAUCUAUUCUAAUUUGUCCCCAUUUAGUUUAUAUUUUAUCAGUACUUUUUUUUAUAGACACGACUAACACAGCAGCAGCUGUUGCCCAGGCUGCUAUUCAACAAGCUCAAGCUGCUAAACAUUUCCAAAAGCAGGUGAGUUAUUAGUUAGACUCUUAAAAUAGAUACCUUAACAUGAGUCUUUGAAUGUGCCAGAUCGAUAAAUUUAUUCAACAUAUUAGAUAACUAAAUUGAUUUCAAUAUAUUUACAGUUGUUUUUGCUAUUGUAUUGCGAGAGGUCAUGGUGUUCAAGUUUUAUUUUUAACUUUGAUUCAGAUCGUAGUAUUGCAAGCAUGAAAUUAUAAAUUUGUUUUGUUUUAAAUUAAUAACAUGAGCCAAUUGAACUUAUCAAAUUGUCUUAAUCUUAUGUGCAACAGAUACAAAAGAAAAUAAUAGGAACCUCAGCUUCUGAAACUGUAACGGUCAAUGGAGUGGAGUAUCCAGUUUAUCGUAAGUAGACAAUUUCAAAUAAAAAUAAUAGUACAUUUAAAAAAUUUGCAGUACAUAUGUGUGUAUGUAAAUAUGUGUGUGUGGUUGUAUAUAUAUAUAUAUAUAUAUAUGUGUGUGUGUGUGUGUGUGUGUGUAUGUAUAUAUAUAUAUAUAUAUACAUAUACAUAUAUAUAUAUAUAUACAUAUAUAUAUAUAUAUAUAUAUAUAUAUAUAUAUAUAAAACUAUGUGAUAUAAAAAAAAUAGAGGUGUGUGAUAUUCUUAUAUUAUGUGUGUGUGUGUGUAUAUAUAUAUAUAUAUAUAUAUGUGUGUGUGUGUGUGUGUGUGUGUAUGUAUAUAUAUAUAUAUAUAUACAUAUACAUAUAUAUAUAUAUAUACAUAUACAUAUAUAUAUAUAUAUAUAUAUAUAUACAACUAAGUGUUAAAUGAAAAAUAGAGGGGUCUGUUAUGCUUUUAUAAUGAGAUAAACUGUUUUAUAAAUUGAAAAAAACAUUUAGUUAAUUAUCAUUUUUGCUUUUCUGACCAAAAAAAAUAUCUAAAUUUGUACCUUACAGCAACACCUGAUACCUCCAGUUAUCAAUACGAAGAAACCUCUGGUUACUAUUAUGAUCCCUUGACACAGCUUUACUAUGAUGCCAACUCACAGGUCUGUGUUGUAAAUGUUAUUUGAUUAUAUUCAAUAUUUCCUUAAUUUAAAAAAAAAAUGUGCCCCGUCAAUAAAUCUUACAAUGUGAACUGUUUUCUCAGUAUUACUACAACUCCACUACUGGCCAGUUUAUGUACUGGGAUGCAGAGAAAUCCACAUAUUUACCAGCCCCUACAAGUGAUGAUGGAAGCAGAGAGGAUGGUGCUGAUGGACUAAUGAAAAAGGAUGGAAAAGAAGAAAAGAAGGAUAAAGAAAAAGUCAAAAUUGCAAAGAAGAUAGCUAAGGUUAGGAGAAUUUAUACAAUGGAAAAAAACUGGAUUUUAUACUGGGAUUUAUUGGGAUUACUGAUUUACAAGUAGAUACAGUUAACAUUUACUUUAAGUCGUACUAGAUGUAUUAAAUAGAUUUACGAUUAAAAGAGUAAGUAGUUAAGGCUUCCAAAUUUAUACAUAUAGUAAGAAAGUAAUUUUAUUCCACUUUACUUUUUUUAUAUUCACCUAUAAUUCACCAAUUAAUUCUUUUGUCUAGGCAAAGGAGCCUAUUUUAAAGUAGGAUUGAGAGUUAAAUUUAAUGACAAGUUCAUCAAUAUUGAUUUCUACAUUAAUUUAAAUAGAUAUUGCUACAAUGAUCUUUUUGAUGGUUUCAACUAAGGUGAGAUUUUAGGAGAAAAAGGUAAUAAUAUUGGGAGGAGUAUGUUAAGGAAGUAAAACCAGAUUUUUAUUUUACUUUUAUAGGAUAUGGAGAAAUGGGCAAAGAGUCUUAAUGCACAAAAAGAAGCUCAGAAAGAAGGAAUAAGGAAAAUACCUGGAGGUAUACCACUGCCAGGCUCAGCACAGUCUUUUAAACAAGAAUCAGCUGCUGCUGAUGCAGGAUUUGCUAUGCUACAAAAAGCAGUGUGUAUUUGAUUUUUUUCAACUUUACAAUUUUUUUAACAUUGUUAAAUUCAAUGUAAAGUUAAAAUAAUGUUUAAAAUGCUCAGAUUUACCUAGUUGCAAUUGCAAAUUAUCCCCAAAGAAAUCUUGCUUGUGAUUUAAUAUAUUUUUAAGUGCUGGGUUUUCAAUGUGUGUUUAACCUAAUUCUCAACAGAAAGAGGACAUGUCGAUGAUGCCUCCUCCUCCAUUAACUGUAAGUAAAUUGUCUUAUUUAACUGCAUAAUUAUUUAAAUAUCUUUCAGUUUUAGUUAGUUAGCAAUAGUAAGAACUAAUAUUUUAUAUAAUACCUUCGAUCUGAAUAUGCAAAGACAAAAAGUUUCACUGCAUAUCUUGUUAAGGAUGUUUAAAAAAAAUGGAUUUCUGAUUAUCUGUUUUGAAAACAAUUUUCAUUCGUUGGUUUGUACAUACAAAUUUUAUUUCUUUUCAUUUUGGCAUUUAAAAAAAAUUAUUCCAGGAUAAAGUUAAUUUCUGAGCUUUUCAUAAACUACUUCAAAUUUAUGAAAUAAUUUAGAAUUAUUAGGCUUGCAAAAUGCAUUAACGUUUUUUAAUCUAUUUAUGCAAAUGUUAUUUUGUAAUCUAUUAAUUACCAAGUGCAAAAAUCAAGGCACAUGACUACUGAUAACAAUUUAAAGACACAUUUUCCUAACAGAAAGCAAACAACCUAAAUAAUAAAUGCCCAUUUCCAAUACCAGUAAAACUUUUCUGGUCCUCAUUGGUAUGUCAUGAAUAUGACUAAAAUAUUUAUAUUAUUCUUAUAAUUAUCAUCAAAAAUGGUAAUCCAAGUCAAUUUUUAUUUUUAAGGUGCAAGGAUAAAAUGUAAUUACAAAAAUGAAAGGCUUCAAAAUUAAAGUUUUAAAAAAUUACAUCAGACAAAUAUCAAAAUACCAAAGCCUAUUUCCUAAAAAAAACUUUUCCAUUCGAAGAGCUAUCAUGAAAGUACCUAAUAAAUUAAAUGAUUCUUGUAUUUGGUAUCUAUAGGAGAUAAUAUUUAAAAGUUGAUAUUACGUCUAUUUUGAUAAGCAGCAAAUAAUUUCUAAGACAUUAAACAAAAGUAAAUAUUGUUUGUCACUGAAACUUACACAGUAUUAAGUGUGUUUUUUAUAUAAGACCACUGAUAAUUGAAGUUCCUACUAUAAAGACCAUUUAAACCUAUAAUAGGUUAACAAUUUUAUUACUAAAAUGGAUAAUGGAUAGACAAAAAUUAAAGGGUUAAAUUAAAAUAUUCUAUUACCAGUGCCGUGUAGUGUGAAAAAAAGAUUCAAUUUUGUAACUAUGUUUUAAUGUGAAUUUUAUUUUCUACCCAAGAAGACUGACAAACCUUCAUCCUCCGGUAAACCUGGACUUGUUGCUUCAUAUGGAGGUGAUAGUGACAGUGGCGAUGAGGAUGAUUCGUCUGCCCCUUUAGAUGAAUCAAAGCUUGUAGAUUGGGCUAAAUUGGCUUGUCUUUUAUGCAAGCGACAAUUUCAAUCCAAGGAAAUUCUUAGCAAACACACACAAGUUUCUGAACUGCACAAGGUUUGUCAAGUACAUUAUAAUGUUUUUAAAAAUUCACUGAGAUGUCUCUGAAGUGUAGUAUUUUUUAAUUUGUCAAAACUUUUAGUAUUGUGAUCCUUUUGUUUCAUUCUCCAGCAAAAUUUGGAAGCUCUUGUGAAGUCCAAAGGUUUAUCCAGUGCUGGUAAAAUAGAGGUAAAAAAAAAUUUCCUGAUGAAAGUUUUGUGUAGCAUUUACAUUCAGAUCUGAAUUUUGAAAGAGAAAUAAUUAAAAAAUCAUUUGGGAUAUUUUGUUAGCUUCUGCCCGUUAACUCAACAAAACUCUUGGUUGAUGAUGUAAUGUUAAUAUUAACUCUUAUAGUACCGAGAUCGAGCAAAAGAACGAAGGCAGAAAUAUGGAGCACCAGAACCACCUGAACCAAGGAAGAGAAAAGACAGAGAUUUCGAAAUUCCAGAACCAGUAAUGUAAGCAAUGAUUAAUUAAAUUUUUAAAACUUAUAUUAAGUUUUUGCUCUAUGAUUUUUACCCGAAAGAGUGUUAAAGCUUUAAUAAAAUUAUUCCUUUUUUUAACAAAAACUUAUUCAGUUUUGAGGAGCCAACAAAGAAAGGUUUAGGAGACGACAAUAUUGGUAACAAACUUCUACAGAAAAUGGGAUGGUCUCAAGGGAUGGGGCUUGGCAAGGCAAAUCAAGGAAGAACAGAUCCUAUUGAGGUGGGUUGUCAUGAAUGCAAACUUUUGAAAUGAUGCUUUUUUUCCUUUGGUUUAAAAAUUGUAAAGCCUCCCAGUCUGUCCAAAUGCAUAGUGACCGCUAAGGCAGUUGAAUAGUAUUUCAUAGUAAAGAUCAAACGGUUUCAGAUACAUUCUUUCGCAGAAUCUAGAAAAAAAAGAACUGAUACCUUUAUAUCAAUAGAUUUUUAAACCAUUUUCGGUUGUUUUAAUAGUGCAGUCCAGAGCUGUAUGAAACUGAUCAUUGUGGAUUUGAUAGGAUUCUUUUAUUGAUCCAAAUAAAUGGAUUUUUUUUUGUAAUUGUACAUAUUCAUUUUCAGACCAUUAAUAAAUAAGCUAACAUGGCAUGAGCACGGCCAAAUGCUGUAUAAGAAAUUCAACCAAAGACUGUUCUACCUCAAAAAACUGACAAUUUCGGCAUAAACAAACAACUCUUAACUAAUUCUACAGUGCAACAAUAGGAAACCUGCUUAAUUCAGUAUUACCUGCUGGUGUGGGAAUUCAACAUCUGAUAUUAAACACCACAUAAACCGACUAAUAUAAAAAGCUAGGAACAUAACACAAACUAAACAUCCUAGGCUGGAGGAACUAUUUGAAGAAAGAUGUUAUUGUAAACUAAACACAUUUUGGAUGAUACUGCAAUCAUAAAACAUUUCCAUUUGUUUGGAUCAAUGAAAGAAUUUUAUUUUAACCAAAAUAACAUUUUACAAUUUAAACACAAGACAUCUACAAUAUUUCUCUAGUGUAAAUCUUAGUGACGAGGAGGACUUGUUGAAGUGACAAGAAUGACUUGUUGAUCAUUUAGAUUUGGUAACUGCGUGGAAGCAUGCUGGUAAAUUCUUUCAGUCCUAACUUUAAGGGAAAGAAUUGGCCCUGAUCAAGCUAUUAGGUAUUUAAUUUAAGAUUUUAAAGCCUCCUAUUAUGUUUUUGAGUUUUAAGUGAUUUGAAAAAAUUUGUCUUGAUAAAUUUUCAGGCUAGACGAAGGAACCAAAUGGCAGGUCUGGGUGCCAGGGGAGCUAAUGUUGUAGCUGAUGUUGGAGAUAACUACAGAGAUGCCCUAAAGAAGACAAUGUAUGCACGAUACAAUGAGAUGGAUUGAACUUCUGUCACAAAUGUAUAUUCUGUAAAGUGUUGAUGUCUGCAUACUUAUUAUUCUGAUGUUUGGAUGAAUUACUAAUCACACUUUCCUCUUGGACUACAGUGUGAGUGGAUAUUGCAAGAAGAUUUGACUGAAGAAUGCAGAGCUAUGAACAACCAGGUCCCAAUUUGAAAACAAGUUGAAAACAUAUUAGGUUUAAUCAUGUGUAUAAUAUUGAACAAAACAUGUUACCACAAUGGUGUUUGACAAGAAGUCACUAACAUAAUUUUUCAUUGUGAUACUUGAAUUAAGUUGUAGCGUUAAUUAAUUUUUUUAAUUGCGUCUCAUAGUUUGUACCUUAUUUACACAUAUGUUCAUUUAUAUUUAUUGGAAUUAGUUAAAUAUCAUAAGGUAACUGAUUUCAUUUUAAUGAGCACAUAUCUCAAUCAAGAUACAAGAUUUGCCUCAUCUUUCUAUUUCACUUCCAAAUAUGAAGGUAAUGAUUAUUGUAAAUACUGUAAAACAAGGCUAAUAUUUGGGAAACUGUUGGUACUAUGUAAUACUUGCUCUUUAAAUAAGCUUACCUACUUACACUUGUAAUGAGUGGCUUAUACAAUAGUCAUUCUCUUGUGUUUGAUGAUCAUAUUCUGUUUGGUUGCAGAAUUUUUUUAUUUCAAGUAAGCUGGCAAGCUGGAUUUAAUCAUUGACAGACUUGAUGUGGGACACCACACAAAAUGUUACAUUGUCCUAAGAAAUGUUCAUGUCAUUGUCUCUGAAUUUGUUUUUUUUUGUGUUUUGUUGUUGUCCACUUGAUAUUAUGUUGUAUACCCUUGUUAUGAAUCUGCCACUGGAUUCAAUCAACUCCAUAUAAGCACAAUGCACCCACCACCAAGGAUACACAUAUUACAGAAUGUGAACACAAAUUAUUGUUUUAUUCCUCCAUUCGCAAUGUGUGUUUUUACUUGAACAUGUUCAUGCCAUUUCUUCCAGACAGAAUAACCUUGUUAACUUAUAUAGACUAUAAGAUAAUGUGGAUGUACAUUUAUGCUGUAGAUGUUUUCAAGACUGUGACGUUUUUAAUUUAUGCUUUUUUUUUUUGUGUAUUCCAAUAUUUUAUUUGAUGGUAACCAUUGUCCAAAAUCAUCAAAAUGCAUUGUUUUUGUUAAUUUGACCUGAAUGCAAAAUUAUAACAUUGUCCAAAUGAUUUGAUCUUGUGUCAUUUGUCGUGUGGAU